UCAGGUAACAGUGACUCCCAGGGUGGCAAUCAAUCGACGAGCAGGCCAGUUUUCCAGGAUGGAAUGGGCCCUAAUGACAUCGGUCAAGCUUACAAAACGUACAAUCAACGUGGACAAUCGAAUUACACGUACAUGGAUCGUCUGGCAGAGCAGGCGAAUGUCGCCGAGGCCGAGGAUUGUGACGUUAAUUCCGGAAUUCAUGGCAACUGGACUAUUGAAAAUGCUAAAUCAAAGUUACAUCAAUUUAUGCAAACAAAUAAGAUUAAUGCGGAUUAUAAAUACACCCCAGUUGGUCCUGAUCACACAAGGAGUUUCAUGGCGGAAAUGACGAUUUAUGUCAAACAAUUGGGGAGAAAUGUCACAGGACGUGAGACUGGGUCCAACAAGCAGACAGCUUCCAAGAGCUGUGCUCUGUCACUGGUUCGUCAAUUGUAUCAUUUUGGAGUGAUUGAGGCAUUCACUGGGACACUGAAGAAGAAUAAGGAUGCGGAGCAGCUGAAGCCCUAUCCCGUGAAGAUAUCCCCUGAACUCGAGGAGCAAAUUCACGACGUGCUAGCAGCCCUGGAGAUUCAUCCGAUUCAAGUCAACACAAAACCUUCAGUUGCGGAUGGAAAAACAGAGGCGAUCACCGGAGGUCUCUCCCUCCUGACAGACCGUGUCUUGGAGGAUUUUAUCUCGUCAAUUCCCCAGACAGCAGGUGUUGUUAGCUGGUCUCCACCGCAGCAGAAUUGGAAUCCCUGGGUGGGCUGCAACAUCGACGAGGGUCCCCUGGCGACGAUGUCCCUGGACAAGCUGUCGACAGACAUGAUGGAAGAACGACGUGAGCGUAUGCAAGGAAAUAAUCAGCUACAGCAGAGCAUUCGAGAUCGAGAGAGUCUCCCAGUCUUCAACAUGAGGAAUCAGAUAAUGAACGCGAUUAAUGACAAUCCAGUGAUCAUCAUCAGAGGCAAUACUGGUUGUGGCAAGACAACUCAGGUGUGUCAAUUUAUCCUGGAUGAUUACAUAGCCUCCGGCCAGGGUGGAUACGCCAGUAUUGUGGUGACCCAGCCUCGAAGAAUAUCAGCUGUUUCAGUCUCUGAUCGAGUGGCAGUGGAGCGUUGCGAACCUCUGGGACAAUCUGUCGGUUAUUCCGUUCGUUUUGAGUCCUGUUUACCUCGUCCCUACGGCAGCAUAAUGUUCUGCACCGUUGGUGUACUCCUCAGGAAACUGGAGCAAGGACUUCGCGGUGUCUCCCACGUUAUUGUCGAUGAAAUCCACGAGCGAGACGUGAAUUCCGACUUCAUUAUGGUCCUCCUACGAGACAUGAUCCACGUCUACCCAGAUCUUCGGGUCAUCCUCAUGUCAGCAACAAUCGAUACGACAUUAUUCAGUGAUUAUUUCAAUAAGUGUCCAGUAAUCGAGAUCCCAGGGCGUUCCUUUCCUGUUCAGAAGUACUACCUCGAGGAUUGUAUUCAGCUCACUACCUUCGUACCACCUAUGGACACGAAAAAAAGAAAGAAUCGAGAGUCUGAGGACGUGGACAACGAGCCCGAGGAGAACCUCAACAAAAUCAUCGACAAGAAUUAUUCAGAGUCCACCAGGAAUUCCAUGUCGCAGCUCUCGGAGAAGGAGAUUUCCUUCGAGCUGAUAGAAUCCCUCCUGGAGUAUAUCAGAAAACAGGGAAUCCCUGGGGCUGUUCUCAUAUUCCUCCCCGGGUGGAACAUGAUAUUUGCUCUUAUGAAGCAUCUCCAGCAGCAUCCACUCUUCGGUGGCUCUCAGUACCUCAUCCUUCCUCUCCACUCACAAUUACCCAGAGAGGAUCAACGAAUGGUUUUUGAUUCAGUACCACCUGACGUCACCAAGGUCAUCCUCUCGACGAACAUCGCCGAGACAUCGAUCACAAUCAAUGAUAUUGUCUACGUAAUCGACUCGUGCAAAGCCAAGAUGAAGCUCUUCACGUCCCACAACAACAUGACUAAUUAUGCCACCGUCUGGGCGAGUAAAACUAACCUGGAGCAGAGGAUGGGACGAGCUGGAAGGGUGCGUCCUGGAUUUUGCUUCCACCUGUGCUCCAAGGCGAGAUUUGACAGAAUGGAGAACCACAUGACCCCAGAGAUAUUCAGAACUCCUCUUCACGAAUUAGCACUGAGCAUAAAGCUCCUGAGACUUGGUAACAUCAGUAAAUUCUUGUCAAAAGCUAUUGAGCCGCCGCCAAUCGAUGCUGUCAUCGAGGCUGAGGUUUUACUGCGGGAGAUGAAGUGUCUGGACAAGAAUGACGAGCUGACACCCCUGGGAAAGAUCCUAGCAAGACUGCCAAUUGAACCCAGACUGGGAAAAAUGAUGAUCCUUGGUUGUAUGUUCAGGGUUGGCGAUGCACUGUCAACAAUGGCUGCCAACAGCACGACCUUCCCCGAGGUCUACAACAUGGGACCAGAUAUGAGACGUCUGUCGAUGCAGCAGAAAUUGUUCGCUGGUGCUAGAUACAGCGAUCAUGUUGCCAUGCUUCAUGCUUUUCAAGCUUGGGAAGAGGCUCGUGCUGGUGGUGAAUACGCUGAGCAGACGUUCUGUGGUACCAAGGGAUUGAGUCUGCCAACUCUGCGUGUCACGUGGGAGGCGAAGAAUCAACUUCAGGGAUUACUCAAGGCUGCUGGCUUUCCUGAGGAGACACUGUGCCCUACACCACUUAAUUAUCAGGCUGGGGCUGAUGUAAGACUCGACACCAUCACAGCUUUACUCUGCAUGGGACUCUAUCCCAAUGUAUGUUAUCACAAGGAGAAGAGAAAAGUCCUCACCACUGAGUCCAAAGCUGCACUCAUUCACAAGACAUCUGUCAACUGCAGCAAUUAUGAUCAGACCUUUCCCUAUCCCUUUUUCGUCUUUGGAGAGAAAAUAAGGACUAGAACAGUCUCCUGCAAGCAGACUACUCUUGUCUCUCCCAUUCAUCUACUUCUCUUCGGCUCCAGAAAGGUCGAGUUUAUCGAUGGUUUUGUCAGGCUCGACAACUGGAUUAAUUUGGAGAUGAAUCCUGAACAGGCAGCAGCCAUUGUUGCACUGAGGCCUGCACUCGAGGGGCUCGUUGUCAGAGCUGCCAAGGAUCCUGAGACCAUUCUUGAGCUCAGUCCCGUCCAGGAGAAGGUGCUCGCUGUGAUCAGGGGACUCUGUGGAAUGAAUGCUGGACGACACGAGAUGGAACUCAUCACUGGAGGUGGUUUUGUCUCCAGGAGACCACCCAGGGAACAUGUCACAGGGUUUACUGGUAAUUGGGGGAGUGGAUUCGGUGGGGGGAGUGGUGGAUUCCGUGGUGAAACUUCCCCCAAGUUUAUGAAAGGGAAUUGGGGCGUUAGGGGUGGCUUCAGAGGGGGGUUUAGAGGGGGGUAUGGAAUGGGAGGUGGUGGAAGUGGCGGUGCAAGACCUCCGGGGGGAUAUUACCAAAGGUAUUGAUGGAUAGUUGAUGAUAAAAUCAUUUUUGGAAGUAAUUUCAUCAACAAAUGAGAGGAAAAUUGGAAACGAAGAGAAUAAAUAUAUAUUUCAUUAAUUUCGAUUAAAUAAUUGGAGGAAUUAAUUGUAUCGAUUGUAAUCGUGAUCAAUAAAUAUUUGUCAAUGAAUUUAAA